AUAAUUCAUUGAUUACCUCACUUCCAUUACAGCCGAUCUUUCUUCGACAUAACAAGGUGCCAUGGCGUCGGAAAGUCGUAGCUUACAAAUUUCGACGGCUCCUGUUACAAUGUUCGCUCAUUUAAUAGUCACUGCAGUGGCAACACUUCUGCUUGUAUGGCUCCUAGCCAAACAAGAAGGCUUUGCUUUUAAAUCUCAUAACAAACUGAAGAUUUUCGAUUUGCAUCCUUUAUUCAUGAUAAUCGGAUUUAUUUUAAUUGGAGGUGAAGCUAUGAUGGCAUACAAGACAAUCCCCGCAACAAAAAUAGCUCAGAAGACAGUUCAUUUGCUGCUGAAUUUAGUAGCUCUUCUGGCAGGAAUUGUGGGAAUUUAUGCAGUUUUCAAGUAUCACCAUGAAUCAGGAAUUCCGGAUUUGUAUUCUUUACAUUCUUGGUUGGGCAUAGGCACCAUCUGCCUCUUUGGUUUACAGUGGCUGCUUGGUUUCCUCUCUUUCGUGUUCCCUGGAGCGGAAAUGUCAAGAAGGGCCUCAUUCUUACCAUGGCACAGAUUCUUCGGACCGGUGUUUUUCUUAAUGGCAGUGUGCACUGCCGAGGCUGGACUCGUUCAGAGACUCCUUCUUUUACGCAUAUUUCAAGGCCAGGAAGCACUUAUUGUUAACUUCAUCGGAAUAUUGCUCAUUCUAUAUACAGUAAGUGUUGGACUUACUGUCGUCCUUCCACGAGCUCAUUAAU